AUGAACUUCAACCUAGAAAGUGCACGUGAUACUCCCUGUAAGAACAUCUUGAUCUACGGCUAUUGCAAAUACGAAAACAAAGGGUGUGUAUUCAGUCAUCAUAAGGGACAACCCACAAAAGGACCCAACUCAAGCACAACGUCAACUUCUGGUUCAACUGCACCGUCAUCUGCUACGGCAACUGCUACGGCAACCACUGGGACAACUUCUGCAUCUGCUGCAACAUUCAAACUAAACUCCGCUCCUGCUUCCCCUUCAUCUCCAGCAGUCCGCUUAUCGUCAACUAUGGUUGUGGGUGGUAGUACUGAAUCUAAACGGAAAUACAACUUCAACACGCCAUCUUUCCAACCUUCAACAUCAAACGCCGCAAGUGUUUCAAGUUUGUCCAAUAAAUUUGCUACACUUUCUCCCAAGGUGGCAGAUAUACCGGUGUUUGUUCCCUCUGGCUCUGAUGAUAAUAGUGGUGGGAUAAAGAAGUUUAAUGUCUCUACUCCUUCUUUCAAGCCACUGAGUCUAAACGUUAACGAUGACAAUGAGGGUUUACAGAUGGGAAUUCAACAAGAGCAACAUCAGCAACAGCUGCUCCAGCACCAGCAGCAACAACAGCACCAGCAGCAGCAACAACAACAACAACUCCAUCAACAACUACAUCAACUGAUGCAGCCGUCCCAAUUAGCUCCAAAUCAGCAACAAAGACAAACGUACCAGGUUUCAAUGGGUCCAGUAACACCUCCAAUCCAUCCCCAGAAACCCUUGGGUACUGGUGCUGCUGCCUCAAUUAACCCGUACUUGCCUAGUUCUCUGGGUACUUCCCUGGUACCUUCUACAGCAACUCAAGAUAUGUAUUUUGCUCUGGGACCUUCACAUCAUAAUGUUGGUUCGUAUCCAUUAGCAUAUCAUUUAUACGCUCCAGCACCUCCUCCAAGACUCACUAUACAAUUACCUCCACAUGAAACCAAUGCCAAUCAUUUGUUCAUCCCCAAUGAAUUACGAGAGUCAUUACAUCGCAAGAAUGAAGCAACUCUUCAAACAUUAACCCACAGCAACUUACCCGGACAUGUGGAUGUCUACCAUUCUUUAGUCCCCAUUGACAAAACUUAUAAUCUACAGUCAAGUACUUGGGGUAUAAGGACAAGCACUUAUAAAGUGUUUUCUCAAGUAGAUGGGAACCCAUAUGUGUUACGGAAAAUCGACCAUAAUUUUGCUAUUACCAGUGAAACUCCAUUUAAGACUAUUCAUAAAUGGAGUUCCUUAACAAACAGUAAUGUUGUGAAGUUACAUGAUGCAUUUACCACUAUGGUGUUUGGUGAUGAGGCAUCAUUGGUGUUUGUGUAUGAUUAUUAUCCAGAAGCAAAGACUUUGAUGGAAUUACAUUCUAAAAAGGGAACAUAUUCCAACGAGCCUGUUACUGAGGAAUUAUUGUGGCUGUAUAUUGUUCAGAUUGCCAAUGCUUUACAAGGGAUUCAUGAGAAAUUAUUGGUUGCUAGAUCAUCUCUUGAUCUUAGCAAGAUCAUUGUUACAUCCAAGAAUAGAAUAAGGCUAUCUGCAUGUGGAGUUGAUGAUGUAUUAAAUUAUGAACUAGAUUCUCGUGGUAUAUUGAACCUGAAUUUGGCAACCUAUGUGUCUGGAUUACGUGUUGAAGAUAUCAGAUCGUUUGGAUCAUUGAUUGUUCAAUUGGCUGCCUUAUUAUUACAACCAAGUCAGAGACAAGGAGAGCCAACUCAAAUUUACAAUAUUAUCAAAGCUUCCUGUGGAUUUAGUGAACAAUUACUUGAAGUUAUUUCCGUAUUAUUGAAUCCUUCUUCUCACCAAGUGAACUCCAUUGGUCAAAUUAUUGAACAAUAUCUUGCAGUUAAAAUGAUCAAAUAUUUCAAUGAUGUCCAAGAUCAAAGAGAUUUUAUGGAAUCCCAACUUAGUAGUGAAUUAGAGAAUGCCAGGCUAUUCCGAUUAAUAUGCAAGUUGAACUUUAUUUUAGAUCGACCUGAAUUCGAAGGAGAAAACCCCAUUAUUUCCAAUGGAAAUCUUAAUGGUGGUGGGAAUGGACCUCUGAAUCAUAGCAGCUCAAGUUUACCUGGUGGUGGUGGUGGAGGGAAUGGUGGUAAUUCCAAUGGUGGUGAAGGCAAUCAAGAGUACGCUAAGAAUGGAAGCAAAUAUGUUUUAAAACUCUUUAAAGAUUACGUGUUCAUGCAAUACGACGAUAUGGGCAAGCCAGUUGUUGAUCUCUCGCGAGUUCUUACAAUUUUGAAUAAAUUAGAUGCUGGGAUUGAUGAGAGAUUUGUGUUGGUAAGUCGAGACCAAAAGAGUUGCAUCAUUGUUAGUUUCAAAGAGAUCCGCGAUCUUUUAGAUUCCGUUUUCAGACAGCUUACACGGGGUUAG